ACCUGCCUGUGGGCUAAAUUACGUAGCUAACGUUAGCAAUAACUAGAUCCUAGCCCAUGUUGCGCUUCUGUCUUUAGACAUGCUACCUAGUUAGCUUGGAAAUCCACGGCAGCCACAAGCGAAAGUUGGCGAGGUUUAUUGACUAGGUUACAACAGUUGUCACUCCACAAAUGUCAUCCGUCUUUGAGGCCUGUGGUCGCACGUGACAGUAAUGUGUGCUGCUGCUCGCUAGCCAGUUGUUUUCUUCCUCCUUGUGAGGCCAGCUAACGAUUGUUUUGCAGAGAGACAGAUGACACUUUCUGAACAGCACGGAUGGACGUUAGUUGACAUGUUUGUCAUGUUAGUUAACGGAUCAACGCUAAACUACAGACAUACCUCAGGGAGGUAAUUUUAGUCAGUCGUUUCAGCAAUCGAUGGACAACUAUUCCACAAGUACACGAGUAGAACUAGUUAUUUAGACAGCUAAACGGAUCAUGUAAGUUAUUUUGCGUCAUUCGCGUUAGCUAAUUGGACAGCUAGCUAAGUCGCUGUAGCUAACGGGCUGAAUAAUGUGUUAAAUAAUAACAACACGGUUAUUACGACUCAUGUGGCAUGCACUAAAGGAUGCAGGAUGUUGGAAACAUUACGAAUAAUCCACUGUUAAUGUGAUAUCGUUCCCUAUUAUCGGAUUUACGUGUCACUGGAGUUCACGCCCAAGGAUCCAAGAGGCAGUAGAAGUUGAAUGUGUUUACCCAUGGGCUGUGUCGCCUUGACUGCUGCCAUGGAGAUGCCUACUCUUCCUCCUCACCAGAACGGCGACGUGCCGGCGGCUAAGCAGCGCAGCAUCAGCACCAGCAGCAGCGUCAGCAUCAGUAGCGGCACCACAGCGACGGCGACGGCGCUGCCAGCCCUGCCGGCCCUGCGCGUGCACCUGUACCACCAGGAGCGCACGGGCUGCGAGAACGUCGCCAUCACCUUCCCCGCCGGGCAACACGUCGCCGAGGAGAUCUGCAUCAGCGCCGCCAAGGAGUGUGGUGUGAACCCCAUGUACUGCAACCUGUUUGGCCUGAUGAGGGAGCGGGACAGGCUGUGGUUCCCCCCCAAUCACGUCUUCAAGAUGGACGACUCCGCCUCCGAGAAGCUUCUCUUCAGGAUAAGGUUUUAUUUUCCUGGUUGGCACAGUAGCGGCCCUGGAAGUGCCCAUCGAUACGGCGUUACCAAAGGCUCCGAGACGCCCGUCUUAGACGACACAGUCAUGGCGUACCUGUUCGCUCAGUGGAGGAGUGAUUUCCUGAACGGCUGGCUGAGCGUGCCGGUGAGCCACGAGGCCCAGGAGGAGUGUUUGGGGAUGGCCGUGCUGGACAUGAUGCGACUCGCCAAGGAGAAGGGACAGUCUCCCGUUGACAUCUAUAACGACAACAGUUACAAGUCCUUUCUGCCUAAGGACAUGCGUGCCCACAUCCAGGACUACCACUUUGUGACGCGCAAACGCAUCCGCUACCGCUUCAAGCGCUUCAUCCAGCAGUUUAGCGAGUGCAAGGCGGCGUCGCGGGAGCUGAAGCUCAAGUACCUGGUGAACCUGGAGAGUCUGCAGCCGGCCGCCUUCGCCGAGCGCUUCCACGUGCGGCAGCACGCCGCCGGCCACGUCACCAUCCUCGUCUCCUCCAAUCACGGCAUCCGGUGGCACCGGGCGGCAUCGACGAGUGACGACGCUAACGCCAACGGCAAGGAGGACGCGGCGACGACGACAACGACGCAGGAGGACAAGGACGACGAGGAAGAAUUUCAGACGUACUGUGAUUUCCCUGGUGUCAUAGACAUCAGUGUCAAGCAAGCCAGCAAAGACGGCUCAAAUGAAAGCUGUAUUGUAACCAUAAACCGCCAGGACAACCAGACUCUGGAGCUGGAGUUUAAGUCGCUAGAAGAGGCCUUGUCGUUCGUGUCGCUCAUAGACGGCUACUACAGGUUGGUGACGGACGCCAGCCACUACCUGUGUAAAGAGGUGGCGCCCCCUAGGCUACUGGAGGCCAUUCAGAGCUAUUGCCAUGGGCCUAUCUCAAUGGACUGUGCCAUCAACAGACUGCGUCGCUGUGGUAACCAUAAGGGCCUGUACAUCCUGCGCUGCAGCCCCAAGGACUACAACAAGUUCUUCCUCUCCUUCAUUGUGGGGUACGAGGGCAUGGUGGAGUAUAAGCACUGCCAGAUCGUGCGGCUGGCGUCGGGCGAGUUCAACCUGAGCGGAGCCAAGCGGAGCUUCGGGAGCCUGCGGGAGCUACUCCACCACUACCAGAAGGAGGCGCUGCGCUCAGACGGACUCAUAUUCCAGCUCAACAAGUGCUGCCCGCCCAGGAGCCAAGACAAAACCAACCUGCUGGUGUGCAGGAGUAACCAGGGGCUGGCCAUGCCUCUCUCGCCCUCGCUCGCCAAGCACAGCAUCAGCCAAAUGGUCUUCCACAAGAUACGCAAGGAGGACCUGGAAAUUAACGAGAGCCUGGGCCAAGGAACGUUCACCAAGAUAUUCCGCGGCACGCGCAAGGAGCUCGGAGACUACGGAGAGGUGCACGAGAUGGAAGUCAUCAUGAAAAUACUGGAGAAGACACAUCGCAACUACUCAGAGUCGUUUUUCGAGGCGGCCAGUAUGAUGAGCCAGCUAUCCCAUAAGCACUUGCUGCUCAACUACGGCGUCUGCGUCUGCACAGACGAGAACAUCAUGGUUCAGGAGUUUGUGAAGUUUGGGUCUCUGGACAUGUACCUGAAGAAGAACCGCAACACCAUCAACAUCGCCUGGAAACUGGAGGUCUCCAAGCAACUAGCCUGGGCCAUGCACUACCUGGAGGGGAAGGGCCUUGUCCACGGUAACGUGUGUGGUAAGAACGUGCUGCUGAUCAGAGAGGAGGACAGGAAGGCUGGGAACCCUCCCUUCAUCAAGCUGAGCGACCCCGGCAUCAGCAUCACCGUGCUGCCCAAAGACGUGUUGCUGGAGAGGAUUCCGUGGGUUCCUCCGGAGUGCAUCGAGAGCGUGCGUAACCUGAGCCUGGCCACGGACAAGUGGAGCUACGGAACCACGCUCUGGGAGAUCUGCAGCGGGGGAGAGAGACCGCUCAGCACCAUGGACAUAGUCAAGAAAAAUCUCUUCUAUGAAGACCGCCACCAGCUGCCGGCCCCCAAGUGGACGGAGUUGGCCAACCUCAUCAACAGCUGCAUGGACUAUGAGCCGCUGCACCGGCCCGCCUUCAGAGCCGUCAUCCGGGACCUCAACAGCCUCUUCACCCCAGACUAUGAGCUUCUGAUGGAGAGUGACAUGGUUCCGGCCCGGAGUCGCGGCCUGGGUUUCCCCGGCACCUUCGAGAGCCAGGAGCCGGCCCAGUUCGAGGAGAGACACCUCAUCUUCCUGCAGCAGCUUGGAAAGGGCAACUUUGGCAGCGUGGAGAAGUGUCGUUACGACCCGCUGCAGGAUAACACGGGGGAGGUGGUGGCCGUGAAGAAGCUACAGCACAGCAGCGCCGAGCACAUGAGGGACUUCGAGCGCGAGAUCGAGAUCCUCAAGUCCCUGCAGCACGAGAACAUUGUCAAGUACAAGGGCGUCUGCUACAGCGCAGGUCGGCGUAACCUGCGCCUGGUGAUGGAGUACUUGCCUUACGGCAGCCUGAGGGAUUACCUCAUGAAGAACAAGGAGCACUUCGACCACAAGAAGCUGCUGCUGUACUCCUCACAGAUCUGCAAGGGAAUGGACUACCUGGCUACGAGGCGCUACAUCCAUCGAGACCUGGCCACGCGCAACAUCCUGGUGGAGAGCGAGGUCCGGGUGAAGAUCGGAGACUUCGGCCUCACCAAGGUGCUGCCUCAGGAUAAAGAAUACUACACUGUCAAGGAGCCAGGGGAGAGCCCCAUAUUCUGGUAUGCUCCCGAGUCCCUGACUGAGAGCAAGUUCUCGGUGGCCUCUGACGUGUGGAGCUUUGGAGUCGUGCUGUAUGAGCUCUUCACCUACAGCGACAAGAACUGCAGCCCUCCUGCUGUGUUCAUGGAGCAGAUGGGCAGUGAUAAGCAGGGCCAGAUGAUCGUCUACCACCUCAUCGAGCUGCUGAAGAAGGGAUACAGGCUGCCCGCACCACUAGGCUGCCCCCUAGAGAUCCAGGAUCUGAUGGGCCAGUGCUGGAGGAACGACCCGUCCCAACGCCCCUCCUUCAAGGACCUCAGCCAGGCGGUGGACGGCAUUUGAGGAGGAGAGGACGAGGAGGACUGAGCAGCGUAUGAGGAGGAGAAGAGGAGAGGAGGAGGCCUCAGCGGUGGACCGCAUCUGAGGAGAAGAGGAGGAGGAGGAGGAGGAGGCGGCCUGAGCAGUGCACAGCAUAUGAGGAGGAGGAGGGGAGGCCUGAGCAGUGCACAGCAUAUGAGGAGGAGGAGAACUGAGCGGCUCGGUCUUGGCUGUGGGGCACUGCUGUAAAGAAGGCAGCGUCCAUGUUGUCUCGGAUUGUUGGGACUGUCUCAAUUGGAUUGUCAUUGCAUCAGCUGCACCAAACGGAAAAGGCCCGUUCCUCAAUCAGACCUGUAGGCUCCCGUAAGGAAUGGGGUUUUGGUUUAAACGGAAAGACUUCAGUGCAGGUGAAAUAAAUGAAGAAGGCAGGGAGCACAGCACAAUGCAGUGCAAUGCAGUGAAAUGCAAUCAGAUGCGAUGCGAUGCAGUGCAGUGUAUAUCCAUUGCAUCGGAACAGAAAGAGACCUCAGUGUUGUGCAUUGUUUCUCUGUUUUCUUCAGCCCGCUUGUCUGGCUAUCUGGCUGCCUGUCUCUCUGUUUGUGUCUGCCAUCACCCAGCCUGUUAUAAUGUGCCUUGUAUUCUUCCUCAAGAGUUGAAUACCAGUUGCUGUGGUGAAAAGUGCCACGAGAGAGAGCGAGGGGUUAUUUUUUUAAAGUGUUUGUUUGCUCACCAGGUGUAAUGUGCCCCAUUUCAAAUACAGUAAUGCGAUAUACUAUGUAAUCAUCGACCUCAAGAUAUAAGGCCUUUUAUGUGCCAGGAAAGGACCCCUCCAUAUUAAUGACAACAAAGAAAAAUGAUAAUAAUCACACACACACACACACACACACACACACACACACACACACACACACACACACACACACACACACACACACACACACACACUCUAUCAUGAAGUGGAGCCUGGAUAAAAGAAAAGUCACUUUUUAUUUUCUUUUUCUAUCUGACUGUGAACGCCAAAAAAGCUGUGCCGAAAUACUGAAGAGAAGAAUAUAUUUUUUUUAAACUCUGCAGAGUGGACAAGAGGAGACACACACACACACACACAUUUCUUAGUGUUUAUAUUAUGUGUAUACGUAUGUUUGUACAUUUGAGACUGUGUCUGGUGUUCUUAUGCAUAUCUAUGCUGAGAGGUUGUGUUCUCUCUAAUAUGCGGACUCCCGUCCUCCCUUGCUCACUUUCCUCCUUAUUGUGGCCUUUUGACGACAUCACGACGACAGAAUCAAUUGUAUUUCUUCAAUAUCUCGCAAAAGCUCAAUUUGUAAACAUUAUGGUGAGUUGACGAAUAGUCCCCCAAAAGUUAGUUGUGGCUUGGCUGACAGCAGGGAAACUCUAUUGUUUUCUCCACGGAGGCGGGGGCGUCAGCGAAACGCGAGGACACAAGUACAGACCGAGGACGGGAGUUCCACGUAUUGGAAUUCACCCUUUGUGUAGCUCUCCUCUGUAAACUUGCCCUCUGCCCAACCACGGGAGUAUUAGUAGGCUCGUUCGUGACGACGCAGUAAGAUUUUUGCUAGGCAGUGGGCAUGCGCACUUUGCCAGUUUGAUGCA